AUGGCUUCCUCCAUGUCCCUCCCUCCUCGAAAGGAUACCUUUUUCACGGUAUUCAGCAAGCACCAACUGCGCCCAAACCCCAAGCCGCCCAUGGAUCACGUCUCCGUCGCUGGUAAAACCGUCGUUAUCACAGGCGGUAAUGUCGGAAUUGGCCUAGAAUGCGGAAAGCUUUUGCUUUCACGCGGUCUCUCACGCCUCAUCCUCGGCGUGCGGUCCCCCCAAAAGGGCGAGGACGCCGUUCUAUCUUUGCGAAAGGCUUACUCAAAGGCAACCAUUGAUAUUUGGCACUUGGACUUGAAUUCAUACGACUCUAUUCGGUCAUUUUCUCGAAAGUGCAAUGAGUUGAGCCGCUUAGACGUUGCUAUAAUGAGCGCGGGAAUCAUGAAUUCGGAAUUUAAGGCAACUCCAUCGACGGGCCACGAGGAGCAGUUCCAGGUCAACUAUCUAUCGGCAGCGCUUCUGGGCUUGCUUUUGCUGCCCGCUUUGAAGAGGAAUAACCCAGAAGGGUCUCCUGGCCGGCUUACAUUUGUAGCUUCUGGAGCAGCUCUGAUUGCUGAGUUUGCGGAGCGCAACGAAGAUCCUCUUAUCCCGGCAUUUGACAGACCAGAGGGGUGGAACUCUUCUUCGGCUAAGAAGAGAUACGAUACAAGUAAAGGAUUGGUUCUCAUGUUGACACACAAGCUCAGCCAGAUCACCAAAGCAGAAGACACGAUUGUCAAUGUGGUUGACCCUAGUUUCACACCGGGCACCAGCUUCUUCCGCAGUAUGCCAUGGAUAGUGAGGCUACUUGCCUGGCCUCUCACGGCGCUUCUCGGGACCUCCGUAAACAACGCAGCAUGGAGGUAUAUCGAUACUGCCGUAGCCAGGGGACCGUCAAGCCACGACAGCUUUAUAAGCGACUGGGAAGUGAGCCCGUACAAUGCCUUCAUGUAUACGGAAGAAGGUAAAGCCUUCAUGGAAAAGCUUUGGAAAGAGACAGUGGCAGAGCUCGAUUUCCCCGAGGUGCGCGAGGUCUUGAGGUCGUUGGAGAUGAAGUCUGCGGCGUAG